GUGUCGUCAGUCGCUGCCGCUGAGUGCACUCAGGCUUGUGCGAUUCACGGUUCCUACACCGUACAUCUCGGAACACCAUGAAUUCGCAGGAGGCUUUCAAACGGCUCGCUCAACAGCUGCAACGAGCAAGGCAGAGCGGCUCGGGUGGAGGCAGCCGGUUCCCAGGUGGAAAGGGAUUCACGGCUGGCACGGGUCUACUUGUCGCGCUCGUUGGCGGAGGGUUCGCGCUGAACGCAAGUUUAUUCAACGUGGACGGUGGUCACCGGGCGAUCAAGUACACUCGUUUGCACGGUGUGACGCCCGAUGUGUAUGCUGAAGGUACACAUCUUAUGGUGCCAUGGUUCGAGACACCAAUUGUCUUCGACAUCCGUGCCAAACCUCGCAAUAUUGCUAGUCUCACUGGCACAAAAGAUCUCCAAAUGGUCAAUAUCACUUGCCGUGUCCUGUCAAGGCCGGACAUCAACUCCCUGCCCACAAUAUUCCGGGAGCUUGGAUCAGACUUUGACGAACGCGUCCUCCCGUCGAUUGUCAACGAGGUUCUGAAGAGCGUCGUGGCGCAGUUCAAUGCAAGCCAACUCAUCACGCAGCGUGAGAUGGUGUCUCGCUUAGUGCGCGAGAACUUGACGCGCCGUGCGCUACGAUUCAACCUCGUGCUGGAUGACGUGUCUAUAACUCAUGUUGCAUUCUCACCGGAGUUCACACACGCAGUCGAGGCCAAGCAGGUCGCACAACAAACCGCGCUUCGGGCUGCAUUCUUGGUGGACCAGGCCAUUCAGGAGAAGCAGUCUAUCAUCGUCCGGGCACAGGGUGAGGCAAGAAGUGCCGAGCUCAUCGGAGAAGCCGUACGUUCAAACAAGGGCUUCCUUGAGCUGCGGAGGCUGGAGGCAGCCCGAGACAUUGCACAACUGCUUGCGACAUCUGGAAACAACGUGAUGCUCGACUCCCACAGCCUCUUACUCAAUGUUGCGGACGAUGCAACUGAACUGUUGCAGUUCAAGCAGAAGAAGUGAGGAUGGUGCCUAGCCCGAGUAGUCCUGACCGCCGCUGUACCUUUCUGGAUGCUAUCUAACGCACUGGGUCAUUUGCACUUGCCUUGUAUGAGCCGGCCGCAUAUCUGUACGGUAGGACUACACUAACUCCGUUGAGCGAUGAAGUGAAAUUGAACCCUUCAAAGAAG